AUGGGUGCCGAUACAGAAUCACAUUUAUCUGGCUCUGACUUCCACCACAACUUUAAAAAUGACGACAAAACGAUCAAGGCUGGAUACGACUUUGUUGUAUCAACUACCGAGACCAGCAUCAACGAUGGUCUCCGUGCCUACCUCAAUAACUCUGAUCAACCGGUGCAGUAUCUUUGCUUCCUCGUGGACAGCCAAGGCAAUGUUGAUAAAACCAUCACACUGGAUGAACUGCUCAAACUCACUAAAAAUGUGAACCCAUUCACAACUCCUGCCGGUAAGGUUGAUCAAGCAGUCUGGCAGCCCCUGGUAGAUGCCAAAUUUCGAUAUGGCAUUAAAUUGCAAAUGGGAAUUCCGCCGGGGUUGCAGCCUAAGGAUUUGGAUAUUGUGGAAUUUGCCGACGAGGAUGCAACCCAUGUACGGUUCAGGCUGUACUGCUCAGAGGUGUCCAUCAUCGAGCUCCAGAUCCCCAGUGGAUGGGGGUCCGCUGAUCACACGCUGGUCCUCCACAGACAGCCACCCGGCAAGCCCUGGUAUGCAGAGAUGAAAGUGAACCUCAAGGUCGAAGAUUUAGACACACAGCUAAACACGACAUACCUAAACAACCAUCCCACUGUCAAGAAAGAGAUAAAAGACAAGCUCAAGAACCUCAAGGACACAGCCUUCAGCUUGCAGCAGUUGCUGUAUGACCUAGAUAGCGCCACACUCGAUAGCACGCCUGACUUUCCCGGCCUCCCCAAGGGAUCUGAUGUCUUCCCUCUUCUUCAGAAGACGUUCAGCGGCACUUGGAGCAAGUCUGCAGCCGAAAAGGGGCUUCCGCUUGUCGCCAUCGCGGCCGUCGCGCAGUCCAAUGACAGCUCCCCGUUGGUGAUGAGUGACUACCAGCGCCAUGUCAGUCUGCAAAAGACUAAAGACGGCAAAAACUUCAGAACCUUGGAUUACUUCUGCCUCACAGGCAAUAAGAAGCUCCCAUCUAAUCCACCUCUUCCCAAAUUCACUUGGAAUUGGGUGGUCCCCGAAGACAAGGCGACCAAGAGUGGGACUAUGGCCAUCAACCGGACCACCUUUGCCAACUACCUCAAGGACCAGUUGGUGCUUCAUGCCCAAAAGUACUGCGGACAUCCCAUUGUCAAGGUUACGGGCGAUGACGACCCCUUGAAACCCCAUAUUAACUUCUUUCCUGUCCGAAUAGAAUAUGGAAAGGACCCCGAUAAGAUUGAAGUUACAGAGAAGGGUAAAGAUGUCAUACAUAUAUCCUAUGAGGGCUAUGGCGAGGACAAAGCCCAUAGUGGGCUGUUCCGGGUGUACGGGGCAGUGGAGGUUUGGAAUAAAUACAACUGCUCCGUCACGUUUGCGGGUAGUUCCAUGACGAUUGAACAGCAUCAUGUGGUCCUUUUCUUCGUCCAGAAGAACCUCACUAAAGAUGACAUCAAUGCCAUCGACAGGAAGUCAACCGUCUCAUAUACCCUUCAGGUUAAUGAUCAUGGAAGUUUGGAGACCGUUAAAGGCAAGUCCAGCGACGAGGACAAGUCCCAGAGAGGCGAUAGGAGCCUCUUCAUUGACACCUUCUCUGGGAUCAACGCAGUUGUCAACAGUCUUAAGAAUGCCGAUCUUGCACCGCCCAAAUUGGAGUCAAUCAACGGAGAUAAAUUGCAGUCCUUCAUCUUUCCAGGGUCAAAGGCGUUCGCGUACAAGUCGGUCAACUUCUCUGAUUACCAGGAUCUAGUGUGCGACAUUACUUAUGCAAACCCCAGCUAG